CUCUCUACCGUCCCAACAAUCAACCGGAUCCAUUCCAGGUUCCAUCAGUGCCUUGGACAGGCUGGCCUAUUUGGAUCUAUCAUAUAACAAAUUGAAUGGGUCUAUUCCAUCCACCAUCGGCAAGUUGAGCAGCCUUACAUUUCUAAAUCUUAACAACAAUGCUCUGAAUGGGUCUAUUCCAUCCACUAUCACAAACUUGAGCAACCUCAUUGAGUUGCGUCUCUCCGAUAACGCUCUGAGUGGGUCGAUUCCGUCCACCAUUAGCAAAAUGAGCAGCCUCACUGUAUUGCAUAUAUCCGACAACGAUUUGACUGGGUCUAUUCCAUCCACCAUCGGCAAAAUGAGCAGCCUUAGCAUACUGGUUCUUUUGAACAAUUCUCUGAGUGGUUCAAUUCCAUCCACCAUCAACGACAUGAGCAGCCUCUUUGCAUUAAUCCUUUACGGCAACAGUCUGAGUGGGUCCAUUCCAUCCACCAUCGGCAACAUGAGCAACCUCUUUGAUUUUAAUGUCAGUUCCAACAAUCUCACUGGCCAGCUCCCUCCAACAAUGGGCAACCUUUCUUAUCUUGAAUCCUUGGACAUAUCUUCGACAGCAAUCACAUGCCCUCCUGACUACAGCAGCUGCGUUGUCCCACAGACGAAUUCAAGUGCUUUCUGCACCCAGUGUCCCUCCUUCUGCACCACGUGUGACAAGCCUUCAGCAG